UCUGGCAUCUCUGUACACACGAAACGCGGCAGUCAAGGAUCGCCAAAGCAAAACAAAAACGUUAUCGUUGAAAUAAAAGUCUUCACCCAAAAUGUCCUGUUGUGUUCCUACUUGCUCUGACGAAGCGGGCUUGCUUAAAUUUCCAGAAAACUACCAAUUGCGAAAGCGUUGGCUGGACGCGAUCAGUUUGGGCACAGGGAAAAACGUGAAAGAUCUUGACCCAAGUGAAGCUGCUAUUUGCCUGUCCCACUUCGCAGAUCAAGAUCAUAUAGACUACCAGGAACCAGUAAAGUUUCUCACCAGUGACGGAGAAUCGAUAGUCUUGGCUAGUUGUCGGCUUUGCUUCCGGAUCGGCGAGGAGAAGCGAAUGUUUCCGCUCAGCGGACAGCUCGUUGGCGGUUAUUCUGAUGUCGUUAUCAAACAAACACUGAAAAUCAAAGUCGAUACCAAUGAUUUCUUUAAACAUAUCUGCCUGCAGUGCCUUGCCAAAAUAGAUUUGGUUCUAGCAGUGCAAAAUCAGUUUCAGCUGCGCAACGCGCAUUAUUUAUUGCUGAAACAAUGGAGAAGACCCUUGGAAUUUAUGGAGGUGAUGCUGGAAGAAGAGUCGGAGGAUCUUGAGCGAGUAGAGUACGAUUGGGAACCAGUGAGCGAGCCGGAGACAGAAAAGGUCUCCGAACCUAUCGCGAUCAGCCCCAAGAAAGAAAGAGCGCCACACAUCAGAAAACAUGAAAGUGUUACAACACUUUCCUCUCGGACCUGCUACCUUUGCAGUGACAAAGCUGAAUUCCAGAGCAAGGACGAACUGGUCACUCACCUAGCCGAGAGUCAUGCAGGACAGACCGAGUAUAUAUGUACGAUCUGCGAAGGAAAGACCUUCCCAUGGGUGGCGGAAUACAACCAUCAUUUGAGCAGACACGACGAAGAAAGACGGCCACUAAAAUGUAAUUUCUGCCCAAUCCGAUUCAGCACGGAGACUGCUCGUAGAAAGCACGAAAACGAAAUGCACGGCAUGAGCCACAAGCUACCGAAACCGCCGAAACCAAACACGAGCCGAGCGCAAUGCGAAAUUUGUGGUUUGUUUUUCAAGACCCUAAGAUAUGCUCUCCGACACAUGGAAGUUAAACAUGGCCAAGGGAAACUUUCGGAGUGCAAAUUUUGUCACAAAAAAUAUGGAAGCAGCAAGAGCAUGGCAUCUCACAUGAUGAUUCAUACCGGAGAAAAACCAUACAAGUGUGACGUAUGCUCAAAGCAAUACCGAACCCAAUCGGAACGCAGAAAACAUGCGGAGAUCGAACACAAAGCAGGUACAAAUAUCUACAAAUGUGGCGGCUGUCGAAUGACAUUCCAGGAACCCCUCAAAUACUACCAGCACGUGAACACAGUCCAUCAUAGAAAUCCCUUUCGCAUUCGCAACUACAGUUGUCUGCUCUGUGCCGCGAAGCCACAAAACCCUUCCGAACUACGGGAACACAUAUACAGUGAACAUUCCAUGGACGAAUAUCCGCGCGUUCAGUGCUCCUUGUGUUCGACAUCGUUCCUGAGCGCACAGCAGUUGCAAUCACACAAGCGCUAUAAACACGCGGAACGUCAGCCAGAACCGGUCGCGAUUCAAUGCGCCCACUGCGACAAGAAACAUUACACCGAACUGCAAAUGCAGAAGCACAUGGCAAACGAACACGGUGCAGAGAAGAAGUUCGAAUGCGAAAUCUGCGGCAGGCGAUUCAUCCUACGUCGCAGUAUGAGGAAGCACGUGAAAACUCACCGCAAAGAGCACCAGCGCCUGAAGUGUAACCUUUGCGAUGCCACCUUCGCCUUGAAGGGUGCCAUCUACGAGCACUGGCGAACCGAACACGCUAACCAACCGAUGUCGAAAAAGACGGCUGUUGCCGCGAAUUGCGAGGAAAAUGUUGCUCCAAGUUGAAGUUAAAAUAAAUCAUCGUUUUCUUUCUAAGCUA